AUCAAGAUGAGCGCAUUGUCAACGCGACUUGGUUUCUCGCCAGCUCAAAGCUCGAACUUACCGAUGGAUCAAAAGGCCUGGGGUAGGCCUUCAGCCCCCAGUCUGCUGGGAGGGGUAUUAGGGAUGUUUCAACUACAUCCUUUGGAUAUUCUGAGGUCUUUCUGCAUGCUUAUUAUGUCAACAUAGUAGAGGGCCAUUUUUACGAACAACUUUUACUGUUGUACAACAAAAACAGUGAUAGAUAAGUAUUUACUAGAUGAGCCUCAUCAUCCUGGUUUUGCAUGAGCAAGAGCAGGAGCUACAUCAUCGAAAACUUCAGCGCCAGCAACUUCUUGUUGAUUUUCAGCAAUAAUUGUCUCAGCGUCAGCAAUAGCAUUCUACAGGCACCAUUUGCGAAGAACGGCUAUCCAAUAUUAGCAAAUCCUGCAAGUGGCGCAGAGUGGAGAGACCAAGACGGGCCAAAUAAAAA